CAUGCGCGUGUUUGCCCUCGUCGCUUUGUGCCUGCUCAGCGUUGCAGCUCUGACUAGCGCCAACUAUGGCAUGGGCAACUAUGGCUACUCUAGCUAUGGUUACGCCCCCAUGUCCUACGGAUACGGAGGUGGAAGUGGGUUCGGCGGAGGUAGUGGAGGAUUCGGAAGCCUUUUCUCACUAAUCAUUUUCCUGUUCGUCUUCAUCCUGAUCAUCAAUGUGCUGUUUGGAUCAAUGGGGGGUGGAUACGGCAACGGCGGCCAUAACAAGGGUGGCAGCAGUUACAACAGUGGUGGUCAUAGCGGCAGUGGUUACAACAGUGGUGGUCAUAGCGGCAGUAGUUACAACAGUGGUGGCCAUGGCGGCAGUGGUUACAACAGUGGUGGCCAUGGCGACUGGGGUGAAGCCUACGACUGGUAGAGGAGGAACAUGGAAUUUUGAACGACUAACGACCGGACCGGAUAUGCAUCUUAUUUUAUCUGUAUUGAAAAAGAAAAAAAACACGUUAAUAAAUAUUUUG